GCGGACUCGGGUUACAACCAACACCCGUAACCGAUCCCACAGCAGCCGAGAGAAGAAAACGCUCUUUCAAUAAUUCACACAUCUGUGCAUGAUACGCGGGUUACAGAACAAGAAGGAGCAGCGAAAGGGAGGACGUGUUUCUUUCGUGCGCGGAGCUCCAACAAAACAAACAGACAAAAAAAAGAGCAAAAUGCUGUAAGGCAACUUCCCCCCCCCCCCCCCUGCGCUGCCGGGAUGAAGACUUGAGAGGUUUAACGUUGGUUUUGAAUUAACUUGUCAUAUUGCCGGCUGACUUCUCCUGUUGUGCCACUGAGACCCGACCAUGGACUCCUUCAGCACCAAGAGCUUGGCCCUGCAGGCGCAGAAGAAGCUGAUGAGCAAGAUGGCCACCAAGAGCGUGGCCAACCUCUUCAUCGACGACACCAGCAGCGAGGUACUGGACGACUUGUACCGCGUCACAAAGGAGUACACCCGCAACCGCAAGGAGUCGCAGAAGAUCAUCAAGAACUUGAUCAAGAUGGUGGUGAAGCUGGGCGUCCUCUACCGAAACAACCAGUUCAACAGCGAGGAGCUGAUCCUGGUGGAUAACUUCAGGAAGAAGGUCCACACUCUGGCCAUGACGGCGGUCAGCUUCCACCAGAUUGAGUUCACCUUUGACCGCCGCGUCAUGAGCGCCAUUUUGAAUGAUUGCCGUGAGCUUCUGCACCAGGCCAUCAAACGCCACCUGACAGCCAAGAGCCACUCGAGAGUCAACCACGUGUUCAAUCAUUUCGCCGACUGUGACUUCCUGGCGUCGCUCUACGGGCCCUCCGAGGUGUACCGCGCCCACCUGCAGAGGAUCUGCAACGGGAUCAACAAGAUGCUUGAUGAAGGGAACCUCUGACCUCCUCCUCAUCAGGCACCUGUACCUCAUUAGCAAAUUUCAGCCAGGACCGUAACACUGAAUUUUUUAUCUUGUCUAGUUAGUCCAAUGUCUGUCUUUUCUUCUUCUUCUUCUUCUUUUUUUCUCAUCCACAGUAAACAAAACCACAGAAAACAACUCAGAAGCGAAUGUAAAACCUUUCGCUCUUAUCAGUAUAUUCAGGGAUUGGAGCCUUGACAACUGUGCCUUGACCAAACAAUAACACCAUAUUUGUGUCUUCCAUCCAAGGGCACUCUGCUUUCUUACUUACUUAAUCAAAAAGACACAGCCAGCACAAGCCUUCACUCAUAACUCAACAAGGAGCUUUAAUGGACCCAAAUGGUUUUGAGUCCACCAGGAGCGGAAAGAAAGUGAAUUUUUGUAUAUUCCAAAUACCGACAGAUAAAGAAGUGAAUUUUUGUAUAUUCCAAAUACCCAUGGAUAAAGAAGUGAAUUUUUUUUUGUUGACAUUUUUUAAAAGUAGUAUUGCACUCAAUCCUGAAGAAGCGCUGGACUGUACUUUCCUGCAAUAAUGAAACCAUGUGAAACACUUCAGUUAAUUAAUCCUGCUUAUCCCGAAUAUUACAGCUUUCACCAUCGUGCACUGAACUUCACUUUGUAGAGGCCAGGCCUUUUUAAAAAAACAUAUAUAUAUUUUUAUAGAAGGCACCUCUAAACCAAAAUCUUUUUCUUUUAAUAGUCUGAAUUACAGCUACCACAACAAAGAUGAGGUAUUUGGGUCACAGAGGGACCAUAAACGUGUAGGAAUUUGACUGUGCUGCAUACUGUUGAAUGGGAGCGCGAAAUAAUCACGACAGGGAAGCGGCACAAUGGCCGCGGACUUAACUAAUCGCCGUGAGAGACGUUGGAGCCCCGGGUCAGCUGUGUUUCAGAUUUAUCGCCCGUUGCCUCGGGUUUAUCCGAAAAGCACUGAAACUCUGGUUAGAAUUCUGACCGAUUUGAACUAAAAAGGCUCCCCGAGAGCAGCCGGAUGAAAGGAUGGAUGGGGAAACCGCUGCUCUGUGUUUAUGAAAAGGGCCAGGCGUGGUACAGAGAUUAGAGCAGAGACAAACACAGUACCUGAUUGUACUCUCCCACUGCAAUUACAGCCCCCUGUUCUGGGGCGGCAUAAUGGCCCCGCAGCCUGUCUCUGUCGAGCAGCCUCUCCAUUUCGCCUGACAGCAGCCUGGUGUAAUGUGACGGAGAUAGCCAUCGCUGUCCGCGCCGUGCGCGUCAUGUUAAUGGAGUGAAAGAUGUUGUUGCGUUUCUUCCUUAAAAUGAGAAUAUGAAUAGCCAGCAUCCCUCCCCAACGCUCUCAUAAUGGCUGUCUUCCCUUUUUUUGUCUGUGUGUUUUGUAUCACCGAGUCUGUCUGGGAGAUUGUUUUGUGCUGCGGCCUCAUUUUGUAUUCUGUUUAUGUGUGUGUGUGUGUGUGUGUGAGAGUGUGUGUUUUGGGGUGCGUACCUGUGAGAGAAUUGGAAAUUGAGCCGUGUAAUAAGCGCUGCGCUUUUCCAGAUAGGAUUGCUGAAACUUUAACUUCAUCCACAGCAGCUCUGCCAAAGAAACGAAGACUGAUGUUUCUCCAGAUGCAGUCCCUCUCUUUUUUUUUUUUCUU